GCAGCCAUUGGUCCUCUGAAACUAUAAAGCACACUCACCCAGAAACGGCCUCAGAUUUUUUCUUUCUUGGAGGCAGCCAGAGUGAAUGGGCAUGGAGAGACCCGCGGCCCCGGAGCCACUGGGCGUCGACUCGCUGCGGCGCUUCCAGGGGCUGCUGCUGGACCGGCGCGGCCGGCUGCAAGGCCAGGUGCUGCGCCUGCGCGAGGUGGCCCGGCGCCUCGAGCGCCUCCGCCGGCGCUCCCUGGCAGCCAACGUGGCUGGCAGCUCACUCAGCGCCGCGGGCGCGGUGGCCGCCAUCGUGGGGCUGUCGCUCAGCCCGGUCACCCUGGGGGCCUCGCUGUUGGCGUCGGCCGUGGGGCUGGGGGUGGCCACGGCCGGCGGGGCUGUCACCAUCACGUCCGACCUCUCCCUGAUCUUUUGCAACUCCCGGGAACUGCGGAGGGUGCAGGAGAUCGCGGCCACCUGCCAGGACCAGAUGCGUGAGAUGCUGCGCUGCCUCGAGUUCUUCUGCCGCGGGCAGGGCUGCGGGGACCGCCAGCUGUUGCAGUGCGGGAGGAACGCCACCAUCGCCCUGUACAACUCUGUCUACUUCAUCGUCUUCUUUGGCUCACGUGGCUUCCUCAUCCCCAGGAGGGCCGAGGGGGCUACCAAGGUUAGCCAGGCAGUGCUGAAGGCCAAGAUUCAGAAACUGGCCGAGAGCCUGGAGUCCUGCACUGGGGCUCUGGACGAACUCAGUGAGCAGCUGGAGCUCCGGGUCCAGCUCUGCACCAAGACCAGCCGCGGCCACGACCUCACGAUCUCUGCUGCCCAACCCGUGGGGCUGUUUUUCUGAGAACAUCCUUUCCCCCCAAGGACUGAGGCCGGAAACCAUCCCCCUGGGAUGCUCCAGAUUUGUAGGUCCCUCAGGAAAACACUAAGUCCAGUUAGGAGCUGAAUGCAAAGGAUAAGAAAAACUGUUCUUGAAGUGGGUGGGUCCCCACAGCCCUUCUCCCAUAGCUGUGACAUCCUGCCUGGGCUUGAGUGCUGGGGACUUUUCACUUGUGUCAUCUUGGUGGUGUGACCUGAAAACUUUUUCCUUUAUCAAAAUCUUUCUGUUUUCACACGCUGGGCAGGCACUCCAGUUUUAAAAGUUAUUUCAGUGUCCCGCUGAAGCUGGAGAGGGUGCUACCCUUUGGCUACUCUCCAAGAACCACUAGGCUUUGAAGUCCUCAAAAUGCUGGUGAG